AUGGCUGACAUUAAGCCCCCUUUCACGGAGGAUUCGGCGCGGAAGAAGGUCAAGGCUGCGCAGAACCUAUGGAACACCAUGGAUCCCGUGCGAGUUGCGCAGGCUUAUACGCCCACGUGUAUUUGGCGCAAUCGGACUGCAUUCUUCUCCGGAACAGAAGGCAUCAUUGACUUCUUAACAGCCAAAUGGAAGCGCGAAAAAAACUACAAGCUGCGCAAGGAACUCUUUUCCUUCACCGAUAACCGCAUCGCAGUGCAAUUUUGGUACGAAUACCAAGACGUUGAAGAUGGUCUGCGUUGGAAGCGGUGCUAUGGACUCGAAGACUGGACUUUUGAUCGAGAGACAGGGAAGAUGUGUAAGAGAAUGAUGAGUGGGAACGACGUACUUGUCGGAUUGGAUGGGAAUGGAGAGGGAAGAUGGUUUGUGGAAGGGGUUGAUCCUGAAGAAGUGAAGAUUGGAGAGGAGCAUUGGUGA